UGUCAUUCUUGCUGUCCAACCACCUCCAGCGCUGCUAGAACAUCCUAACAUUCUUCGCGUCCCGGGGUGGAGGGCACCUGGGAAGGUGAAAAGAGAGAUACUGUCCAUCGUGCAGCCUUUGAGAUUCAUCCAAGCCAGAAUGGGAUUGUCAGGAAUAUAGAGGUCUGAUAUCUCUCCCUCUUCGACGCAGCUGAACCUUGGUUGUACCCAGAGCAGACAUUGCCGGGAGCAGCACCUACCCACAGCAUGGCCACAAGCCGAAGUAGCGAAGAAGCCUGGCUCACCGGCCUUCUGUCCACCCAGCAGACCACCCUCCUCCUCCUCUUUUCCGUGCUGGCCGCUGUCCACUUGGGUCAGUGGUUCCUACGGCGUUGCCGUCGGCCCCCAUGGGUCAGCUGCAGCCCCCCUGGCCCAUUCCAGUGGCCCCUGAUCGGGAACGCUGUGGAGGUGGGCAACAUUCCUCAUCUUUUUUUCACUCGCUUGGCCCGCCGCUACGGCGACGUCUUCCAAAUCCGCUUGGGCAACUGCCCAGUGGUGGUGCUGAACGGCGAGCGCGCUAUCCGCCAGGCCUUGGUGCAACAAGGGUCCGCCUUUGCCAGCCGCCCGCAGUUCCCCUCUUUCCAAGUGGUGUCCAACGGCCGUAGCCUGGCUUUCAGCAAAUACUCAGAGAUCUGGAAGUUGCAGAGGCGGGUGGCCCAUGGCACCGUGCGCGCCUUCUCCACAGGACAAGUCCGCAGCCGCCGGGUCUUGGAGCAGCACUUACUGGGUGAGGUGCGGGAGCUGGUGAUGCUGCUCGUGCAAGGCAGCGCUGGGGGUGCCUUUCUGAACCCGUGCCCCCUCACCGUGGUGGCCGUGGCUAACGUGAUGAGUGCUGUGUGCUUCGGUUGCCGCUACAGCCACAGUGACGAAGAGUUCCGCGGGCUGCUGAGCCACAACGAGCGCUUCGGCCGCACGGUAGGGGCGGGCAGCCUCGUGGACGUGCUCCCCUGGCUCCAGCGCUUCCCCAACCCUGUGCGCACUGCCUAUCGCGAUUUUCAGAAACUUAACCAAGACUUCUACAGCUUCGUGCUGGACAAGUUUCUGAAGCACAAGAGCAGCCUGAAGCCUGGGGCCCCACCUCGGGACAUGAUGGAUGCCUUCAUCCACACCGUAGGGAAGGAGGAGAGUUCAGGAGAAGCAAAGCCUGGGCUGCGCCUUGACACAGACUACGUGCCGGCCACAGUCACCGAUAUUUUCGGGGCCAGCCAGGACACGCUUUCCACUGCACUGCAGUGGCUUCUUAUCUUAUUCAUAAGGUAUCCUAAAGUUCAGGCUCGGGUACAAGAAGAAUUGGAUAGAGUUGUGGGACGAGAUCGAUUGCCCUCCUUGGAUGAUCAGCCUCAUCUUCCCUAUGUCAUGGCUUUUCUGUAUGAAGCCAUGCGCUUCAGUAGCUUUGUGCCAGUCACCAUCCCACACGCCACCACCAUUGACACUUCAGUCAUGGGCUACCACAUUCCCAAAGAUACGGUGGUAUUUAUCAACCAAUGGUCUGUUAAUCACGACCCAGUGAAAUGGCAGAACCCAGAAGACUUCAAUCCAGACCGAUUCCUGGACAACAAAGGAUUCAUUGACAAAGACAUGGCUAAUGGGGUCAUGAUUUUCUCAGUGGGCAAACGUAGGUGCAUUGGGGAAGAGCUGUCCAAAAUACAGCUAUUUCUCUUUAUUGCCAUUCUGGCCCACCAGUGCAAUUUCCUUGCCAAUCCAGAUGAGGACCCGGAAAUGGAUUUUAGUUACGGGUUAACCAUUAAACCACGAUCAUUCACAAUUAAUGUUACACUGAGAGAAUCUAUGGAACUACUUGAUAAUGCGGUUCAAAGACUACAAGCUGAAGACAACAAGUGAGUAGCUAGCAGAAGUGUGAUGAACUCAAAGUUGGAAAACCAAAUGAGUCUAUCAAUCUCUGUUAGUCUCUUUCUGCCAUGAACACAUGCUUCUGUGAGCCUUUUGGAUGAGAACACAUCAAUAAAUAUUUCUUAAGUGCCUGAUAUGUAGUCCACCCUAUAAGAGAAUCCUGGUGAGCCAAAGAAUUUGACAAAAUAACUAAUGAAACUACAAAAAUGAGUCGCAAGAUUUUAUGAUUAUAGCAUAAAAGAGGAUGAAAAGCUUUUAGAAAUAUACCAUAGUUUCACUAUAACACUAUCCUUGGGGACUGUUGAAACUUUUUAUAGGUUUAAAAAUGAAACAAAACAAAAACUUAAACCUCCUUUUGGUAUCUCAGUAAUGGCACAAACCUUGGGUAAGUUCCAAAAAGGCAACUGCUUUGUGUGGAAUUCUGUUGUGAAGCAAACAGCAAUGCAGCAGAUUCCUGGGAUAUAUUAUUGUAUGCUCAAAACCAAGUAGAGUAGUUUGAAGGUAAAGGGAGAGAAUGAGGCUGAAAAGUAACAAUAAAGACUCCGCUGACUUUCUCUUCAUCUUCUAAGCCUUCCAACAAAGACAUUAAAGACUUUCUGUUCAAAAAGGGCAGAGAGACUUGAAGAUUAUGUUUUAUCUUUGACCAAAGGUAGCACUUGGCAUGGUUUUAAAUGGAUCUAGAUUUUCAACUGAGGUUAAUGAAAAUUUUGAGUCUUUGGCUGAGAAAGGAUGGGGAAAUUUAGGCUCUUUUAACAUGAUCACAAACAUCUGGAUGAAUGAUGAAAGUAGUCAGUUACCUGGACGUCCUUUGGUAUCCUAUAGAUAAAACACUUGGAACUUUGACUCAGAUGUUUUGCUGUCCCUUAUAGACAUCCAUAUGGAUAUUUUCUAUAUUUAUCUCCUUUCAAAUUUCAAAUUAUAUUUUAAUAACAAUUAUAACACAAAAUCACCUUCAAUGGCAAUGUCCACAUACUGAAAUACAUGGAAUUGGAAAACAGGUGAUCCAAAUUCAAGGAAACCUUGAUUUCCAACUGGUAUCAUGACAUAAAUGAUAAAUAACUUUUUAAAAUAGCCAACUCAAAAUACAGUUCUUGUAAAGAGGAAAUAUCAUUCAUAUGUAUAUUUAGCUAAAUAAAAUAUUAGUUUAUUGACUAAUCUUAAAAUUUAAAAACUGAUAAGCAUAAUUAUGCUUUCAUAGUUACUUCCAAAAUUAUAAAACAGUUACCUAAGGGCUCACUGUUUAUUUCAAAGAAAACUAAAAAAGAAAUCAUAUACACUUCUUUGGAAAUCACUGUUGGUAGAAUUACAGACUGUUUUAUGUGUGUUUGAGAGAGAGAAUUGGAAGAAAAACGAAUAAUUCAAAUAUUUUUCCCAUGCAUGUUAAAUCACUUUGCUCGAAGCACAUAAAUUCAGAAAAAGAAUGCCUGGAGUACCAGUCGCAAGUCAGAAUUUAUGAUCUUCGCAAUGACAGUAAGUUUUGGAAAUUUAAUAAUGAAAACUGGCAGUCAUACUAAUUUCAUACAAUUUUUCUUUUAAAAGGCUGUUUGAAAGCCACUGGUGAGACCAAGUUUAUAUGUGUUCCUUCCUUUACCAUAAUGGAGUAAUUUAACCAUACCCAAGUAGGAUCAGAGAAUUGUUCUAUGGCAAAUUGGGCUUUCUAGAAGUGCUGUGGCAGAAUUGGGCAUAUAGAAAUCUGGAUAAGUCAUCAAGCCAACCUGACUGAAACAUUUGACUGUGCUGUGAUUUAUUUCUCUGUAUAUAGGUCCCAAUGUUGCCUGAUAAUAAAGCCAUGUUUAUUUACUAUAACUAAAAUAGAUACUUGGUAGUCAUCUGGUUAAUUUGGUCAGAUAUUUAGACACAUCAGUUAAUGUGACUACUCUUUCUUCUCUCCACUCUUUUAUACCACCCAAAAAAAUCCACUUUGUGGCCUGAAUUUUUCAGAGUGGUGAUUAAAUUGAUUGGACUAAACCCUUAGUUCACUUUUGAGCUAUAUAGAUUCCAUAUAGAAUAUUUGCAAGUCAUCUAUACAAGCAGAGUAUCUGUUCCAGAUAAUCACUACACCUAAAACAUGUUUAUAAAACAAGUGUUUUUUUUUUAUUUUGAGACUUGGACUUUAUAAGAAGAUUUUCUUAAAAGUAUUCCAAAGAAAAUGUCUCAGGACUGUUUUGUGGAUUACAGAAAAGUUUUCAUACCCCAGAACUUAGCCUUCACCUGUGAAAUUACUUUACGAAGUUAAUAUUUUUGUGUUAGAUCUAUAUUAGGUCACUCAAUUAUAUAAGAUAUACUUCAUUUGUAUUUUUGUAAUUAUGAUGCUGCUGUGUGAGGGUCCCCUGUUAUUUAGCCUCUGUUAUCUUUGGACCUUUUCCAAUAAGCUUUAAAUAUAUAUAUAUAUAGUUACCACAGAACAAAGUUGUAGCUGAAAGUAAUGCACAUUUGUUUUUGUGACAUGCAGCAUGAAUGCAGUACAAAUUAUAUAUAUAUAUAUAUAUACACAUUAUAUAUAAAAUAUAUGUGCACAUACAUAUAUAUGCAUAUAUGCCUCUGUAAAAUUGUCUCUUUUUAAUUAUGUAAGAAUUUUUUUCAUCCUCAAGGAUUUAGAAUGCCUGUAAUCAUG